GAACCCCUCAGGGACCCCCAUACACAUCCAGCCCGCGCUGAGUGAUGACGUAGCGGGGAGCUGCAGUCACCUGACACCAGGCGCUAGUUAACCCCUGCGCUCCUGGUGGUCACUUGUGUAUACCAAGGUGGCGAUUCAGUUCAUGCCGGGAUCACUGAUGGGCGCAGUAGUUGAUGUGAUUACUUGGGCACUGUGGUGAGGAAGCAUCAGUGCUAUGCCAACGUAGUCACAGGACAGCUGCACCAUGAAGUUCAAAUCCAACGUCUGCCUGUCUGCCGCCCUGGUCAGCCUGGCCCUGUGUGUGCUGCUGUGGAGGGAUGGAAGAUAUAAGGCCCGGGCAAAAUCAGUCUUUAAUUUCCUAAGACCAGCGUCACGACAGCUCUACAAACUGGAUGCCGGCUGGCCGAGAAGCCCUGGGGGAAUUACAGGAGUGCCCUAUGACGUCGCUGUGGAUCACCUGAACUCACUGGUUUAUGUCGCUCAGAGAGGGGAUAAUGUGUCCAAAGUGCUGGUCUUUACAGAGGACGGAUACUUCAAGACCGCCUGGAAAACACACACACUUGAGAUGCCUCAUGGUAUAUUUGCAGUGACUGAUGAGAAAAACGUAAAGUCCAUCUGGAUAACGGACGUGGGGCAAGGACCUUAUGGACACACGGUAAAACAGUACUCUCCAUCUGGAGUGCUCCUUAAAACCCUGGGGACACCAGGUAUAGCCGGCUCUCGUCUGAGUCCCCUCCAGUUCGAUCAGCCUGCAGACAUCUUCAUUAAGGAGGAAGAUGAAAUCUAUAUUGUGGAUGGAGAUGGAGGGAUGAACAACAGGCUUCUCAAGCUGACGGAUGACUUCAGCUUGCAGUGGACUCUGGGAGGCAAUGGAACGAAACCUUCCCAAUUUUACAUACCUCACAGCGUGGCCAUGGAUGACGUUGGUCGUAUCUGGGUGGCAGAUCGUGGGAAUAAAAGGAUCCAGGUGUUUGAUGCUAUGACCGCAGAAUGGAUUGGAACCUGGGACAGCUGUUUCACAGAAGAUGGCCCUUAUUCAGUCAGGUUUACAUCGGACAAGAAGUAUGUUGUCGUGGCCCAGCUGAACAUAAGCAGACUGCUUUUCUUGGCUGUACCUCCAGUCGGGGCAAUUGGAGACUGCAAUGUUGUCAACACCAUCCAGAUGGCUGAUGGGGUCCGACCUCACCUUGUAGAUGUCAAUGUUGAAACCGGUUCCAUAUAUGUUGCAGAACUUGGUGCUGAACAAGUUCAAAAAUAUGUGCCCCUUUAAGAAAAAGAGCUAUAACUGAGAAGUAACACUAGAACUCUCUAGGAUGACGUCUUGAAUCCUGCAACUGCUGGUGCCAUUCACUGUAGCUUCUUCUAUUUCCUUCACUUUUGUUGAGAAGUCUUUAUGAUUGUGACCUUUUAAGUGUAAGUGUGUUUAUGUCAUAUCCUAUGUAAAUGUUCCGUUUCCCUUAUAUUGAGGGAACGCUCUAUGAAUUCUUUCAAUCUCAUUUGAAGUGGUUGUCCACUCUUUUGCAUAUGAUGGCCCAUCCUCAGGAUAGACCAUCAAUAUCUGAUCAUGGGGGUCCAGCACCCAGUACCCCACCAUUCAGCUGUUCUGGAGUUUCACGGGCGCUGGAACAACCGCUCAAUCCGUUGUGCAGUGGACAGAGCUGAUAACGGCAGUGCUGCUCCUUUAUUCUAGACGGCAUCCACAGGCCAUGCAUUAAUCUAUUGCUCCUCAGCAUCAUUUCUAAACCUCUUC